AUGCCGGCUCACCGAGCCCGAUUGGCGUUCGAACCAAUGGCUCCUGACCUUGAUAUCGAUUAUGUCGUCAACACAACGGAGAAUUUCCAAUUCGCAGACCGAGUCACUUGUGACUCGCUCGAUAGAUUCUCACUCGAGCAAUUUGAAAAGCUCGCUCAUUUCCAAGUGGUCUUAACCGGCAGACCGCUUGUUGUGGAAGGCUUUCAACACCGGUUGGACAAGAACCUCUUCUCAGAGAAAUGGCUGAGAGAGAAUUAUGCAUCUAAAAUCGAAGAUGUUCGCGACCUCGGCAAGAAACACAACAAACCAUUCACCAUUGGGCAUUAUUUGAAAAGCCUUCCACUCUUGUCCAAAAAAAUCAACCCUGAUAACUACAUGGACAAAAAUUGCCAGCGCCUGUACAUGAAAGACAUCGACUGCCCCUCAGAGUGGCAGGAAAGCCUGGAGCAACUGAUACCACCAGCCUUGUUUUACCUCAAUGAUGCCCCAAGAUCUUUCUCUGGGCCUGCAUCAUCAGAUACGAGCGUGUCAUCCUAUCCAAAAUCUCCACAGGGUGAGCCACUUGCCCCUGCCGGUGACUUAAUGAGCAGCCUUCCACCUGCCAUGCGGGCGGAAAAUCUGAUGUGUUACAUCGGACAUGAAGGCACUUAUACACCAGCCCAUCAAGAGAUGUGUGCCAGCCUCGGUCACAACAUCAUGGUAGAUGCUUCGGAUGGCACCCCGGAAAACGGUCAGAACACAGACCCUGGUUCGUCGAUCUGGUUCAUGACAGAACAGAAGGAUCGACGCGUGGUAUCGGAAUACUGGAUGUCCGUCCUGGGACACGAUAUCGAUAUCGAGGACUAUUUCGCUCCCCUGCAUGCCUGGGCGAUUGCCCCCUUCAAGACCUGGGUUGUGCACCAGAAACCUGGUGAUCUCAUUCUCGUUCCACCCCUCGCGGCUCAUCAAGUUUGGAAUCGUGGGACGCGCACUGUCAAGGUGGCGUGGAACCGAACUACGAUUGACACGCUAGAGCUGGCUCUGGGCGAAGCACUGCCGCAUGCAAGAAUGGUUUGCCGAGAUGAGCAAUACAAGAACAAAGCAAUUGUGUUCUUCACUCUGGAACGGUAUGCAAAGAUGUUGCGCCAGGCAACAAAGGUUGAACACCCGGCGGUCGACCAGAUGUGGGACGCCUUCAAGGGUCUUUUCAAAAUGUUCAUGAAAAUUCUAUUGUCAGAAACAUUUUCGCGGAAGAAUCCAGAGAAGGAGGUUGAAUAUCAUGCUUUCCAGAGCAAUGUGACCUGCUCGUACUGCAGGUGCAACAUCUUCAACCGCUUCCUUACCUGCCCCGGCUGUGCUCAUUCACUCGGUGGAGAGGACGACCCAUACGACGUGUGCAUGGAUUGCUAUGUUAUGGGAAGGAGCUGUGGAUGCAUCUCCAACCUCAAAUGGGUUGAACAGUUCUAUUGGAAGGAACUGACGGACCGUUACGAGUCUUGGCGGCGCUUGAUCAUAUCUUCCGAUCCAGGAAAUAAGGAACUGAAAACCGAAUACCCCACGUUUGUUGUCGCUCGAGGGAAGGCCAUCACGAAAACGACAGCGGAAAUCUGUCAAGAACAACUUAAUCAUCGGCCCUGGAAUGAUCCAAACAAGUCCAAAGCUGUCAAAAAAGCCGAGAUAAUUGACACAGCCAGUGGUUCAGAAGACGACAGCCGAUCUCGAAAGCGAAAAAAGGUCCGGAAAACAAAAAAGCUCGGUUCAGAAGAUGCUCAUCGCUGUCACGUCUGCUUUCAUUUCGAAGUGAAUUGGAAGCUUGCCGCUUGUUCAAACUGUGAUUCACGAUACUGCUAUGGCAGUCUAUUCCGAGCUUUUGAAAUUCCACCACAAGCCGUUAUGGAGAAGUAUCACUGGUUAUGUCCCAAAUGCGAGAAAAUAUGCAGCUGUGGAGCAUGCAAGCGUGAUCCAACAAUGAAACCUUAUGAGCCGAAUUGCACCGUACUUGGACAUGACACAAGCAAGGUCGCAGACCCAAGAAGCGUUGAAUCUCUGGUAGACUUUCGCAAAUCGAACCUGUGGUGGCUGAAAAAGUUCGGUGACGAUGUCCAUGGACGGAUCAGAAAGCACCAGGAUGAAGCUGUGUCCGCUGAUCUCGAACGUCAGAAGACACUCGAAGAGCAUGGGUUCCUCUUCGAGACCAGCCCGUCUGAACCUCAAACCCACACGAGUAAUGGCGGCCACACAAACGAAAGCAGCUCGGAUGAUGCCGAAGAAAUACCCGUUGACCCCUCGUUAAUGUUGAACGAAUCCUUUGCGAACGUUGAUAGCUAA